AAGCUGAUUGGAUUGACUCUGGUUGUCCAGAUUGAUAGUGUGGUUUUUAGGUACCACAAAAAUCAUAUGUUCCAAGGCAUUUGGAUAAGCUUUGGAUCUUUCUUAUCCACAAAAUCUCCACACCUAAAAGGAGUGAAUACAGAGUAUAUAUGAAGUAAUGCUUUUGGCCAUGAAUUUUAUACGAUUCAGCCAUGAUGCUCUGAAGAAGACAGACCUAGCAAAAAAAAUAAAAUACUCUCUCCUUGACAAGAGAGAUGUUACAAAGCCCAAAAUUCUUGCAAUCCUCCGCUCCUCCUCCAACACCACCAUCACCCAUUCCACAACUCCAAGUUGUACCCACUCGCUUAUCCUUCCCUUCCAUCAAACAAUGCUGCAAAUUCUCACGUAGAGAGCUCACAAUUGGAAGCAAUUCUCUUAUACUUGCCCUUCUGGCCUCGCAGAGUUUAGAGGCUUUGUUACCGUCCAAAGCACAAGCCGAGAACCUUAUAGACGACGACACAAACAGAACUGAACAAGAAGCACAAACUUCAAAUGCUACUGCUGCUACAUGCACUGACAGAAGCCCAACAAAGCGUGCAUUUCUCGAUAUAUCCAUUGAUGGAGAGCCUGUUGGUCGCAUAAUAAUUGGGCUACACGAAGACGAUGCCCCUGUUGGAGCUGCGAGAUUUGGCAGUCUUGUGAGUGGAGCUGCUGGGACUAGCUACAGAAGGAAAGAGUUUGUUAAGAUUAUGCCCAACUACGUUCAACAUGGAGGCGUGAGAUCUUUUGGUGUAGAUGCUGAGCUCGCAAAGAAGACAGGAACCAAUUUGGAAGUUGACAAUCUGACGGAUGAGUGGGAGAGACUGAAUGAAAAGUGUGCAGGGAUCAAGAACAAGGCUGGAACUGUGGGCAUUGUUGUGAGAGAUCCUUCGAGACCACCCCCCAAGAUGAAGUUGGUUGCCCGAAAAGGGAAGUUGGAGAUUGAUCAAGAGGAGGUUGGCACGGCCCCGAAUGGAACAGAGUUUGUGAUCACCACCAAGGAUUCGCCUGAGCUUGAUGCUUCAACAUUGGUGGUUGGAACAGUCCUGGAAGGUAAGGAGGUGGUGGAGAAGAUUGGUGAGGUGAAGACAGUCCAAGAGAAUACCAGUUCACCUUAUUUCAGGGUGGCCAAGCUGAUAGGAGAUAAGAGAGCUGUUGUGGCCGAAAGAGGAUUCAACCGCCCUUACACAAAGGUGGUUAUCACAAACUGUGGCUUGAUGAAGUAACAUACUACUCGGCAAAUUUUUCUUUUUGGUUCGUCUUUCCAGUUUUGUAAGAAGAGAAACACUUCAAUGCAAUACAUCAAGUCUUUGUAGAAGUCU